AUGUCCUCCCCUCCCCUCUCGGAGCCCUCCCUCCCCCCAAGCCCUCUGGCCAUGGAGUACCUGAAUGAUUUUGACCUUCUCAAGUUUGAGGUGAAAGCAGACACACCCCCACCCAGUCUUUACCCCAAGUCCAGCGGCCCAGAGGCCUCCAGCCCCCGACCUCUGGACUCUAGCGUGAGAUCCAGCCCCUGUGAGUCCCUGCCCCCCUCCCCGACGCUGAGCGAUGCUCAGCCACCACCCUCCUCUUCAUCCUCUACAUCUUCCUCGUUCCCCCUGCCACCUGCGAACAGCCACGCCACUGUCCUGCAUCCCAUUUCUGGCACCACUUCCCUGGAGGACCUCAUCUGGCUGGCGGCACUGCAGCAGCAGCUGGGUGCGGGGGAGACCCUGGGGGCGUUGGAUCGAGGGGCAGUCGGGGCGUACCUGGGAGGUGAGGAUGCAGUGGAAGCCUUGCUGAGCUCACAGUUCCCCGCAUUGGGUCAAAGCUGCAGCAGCUUCCAGGACUCAAGCAACGACAGCAGCACCGACCUCUCCUCUGGGUCCAAGAUGGUGGAAAGCGCCCCCAGAAUCGACACCAUCAAAACCCACACCACCACAACCAUCAUCUUCACCACCAUUCGCACCACCCUUUGCAAGGACAUAAUCUUCAUCAUUACCAUCACCAUCACCAUCUCCAACUCACUCAGCCUGUUCAAGUCAGGGAGUCAGGGUCGCCGCUGUCCGGAGCCUAUCCUGGAAGCACAGGACCCUCGGCCAAUCAACCUGGAUGCGUCGCCAUGCUCCGUGGAGCAGCGCUUCUCCGACGAGCAGCUGGUCAGCCUGUCGGUGCGCGAGCUCAACCGCCACCUGCGCGGGGUCAGCAAGGAUGAAGUGCUGCGGCUGAAGCAGAAACGACGCACGCUCAAGAACCGCGGCUACGCCCAGUCCUGCCGCUACAAGCGCCUGCAGCAUCGCCACGCGCUCGAGUCCGAAAAGCACAUGCUAACGCAGCAGCUGGAACAGCUGCAGUGUGAGCUCUCCCGGGUGCUCAGGGAGAGAGAUGCCUACAAAGCUCGUUACGAGAAGCUCAUUAGCACAGGUGAGGCUCCGCCCACUCACGUCAACCAGCCCUCAUCUCCUACCGACUAUUACGUGUGAGGGUUCAGAAAGAGAGCUGUCAUCAAGUGGACUAAGUCACGGCAUUCCAGUUCCAGGU